AUGAGACAGAUGAGGCAGACAUCAGUUGGAGGACUCCACAGGCUCAUGCAAAAAACACCUGAUGCUGGUGGAGAGACUCCGAACCUUGCGCCUGCGCCUUUCAAUCUGAACCAGAGCAGUGCGGUAUGUCUCCCCCUGGUCUCUGAUAGUAAGAGGCUUAUAUGGAUCCACUCUAACCAGAUCAAUCUACAGCUAGAUGUUGCAGCAGAGCUAGACAAGGCCUUCGACAGGUUUCCAUACCUGACACAGAACCAGACAGCUGCGCUGGCUCAAUGCUGCUCCCUGCACCCAGACCAGGUGAAGGUGUGGUUCAUGGUACAGAGGCUCCGCUAUGGCAUCAGCUGGGACUAUGAAGACAUCCUCAAUGUUCAGAGGAAACUCUUCACAAGCCGGGGAACGGAAGAGCUGAAAAGCGAUAGAAGAAAGGAGAAUAAAUGGAAAAGAGAGGUAAAAGAGUCUGGCAGGAAGGAGGCAGGAGAGGUUAGGAGGGAGCAGAGUGCAAAUGAGGGAAGGAUGAUGGGAGAAAAUGUGAGGGCUAAUGAGCCAUUGGAGAUAAAAAGUAAGCAGGAGCAACCAGUAAAGUACAGAUGUGUAGAACUCGAGAAGGACCAAAGGAAAAAAUGGAAAAGGAUGACAGCGACAGGCACAAUGGGGGGAAAGAAGAGAAGUGUAGAUGAGGGUGUUAUGGAGAGUGCGGGGGAAGCAGAAAUAACAAGUGAUGAAGUUGAAAUGAAGUCUACCAGAUCCAAACCCACCCAGUCAAAAACAACACAUUUUACCAGAAAGACAAACAAAAGACUCAUCCAAGAGUGGCCUGCCCGGAAGAGCUUUGUGGUGCCUGAUGAGGUGCUGGAUGCAAGUUCUCCGGUGCAACUUAUUCAUAUGACACAAAUAGAGAAAAAGGUGGAGGGAAAACUGUGUGCAGAGUCAACAAACCCAAGUGGUGCCCUCACUGAUGGUGGCAAACUGAAAAAGCUCGAGGAAGGGGCCGAUAAUCCUGUUGUUGCUCAGAUCCGCAGCAGUACAAAGAAGCAGAGUCAGUUGGUGAUGAUGAGGGCGGCUUUCUUGGAAUGCCAGUAUCCAGACAGUGAGGGCUACAACCAACUGGCGAUGCUGAUUGGCGUCUCCCGUGGCGUGUUGGUUCAGUGGUUCAGUGACAUGCGCUAUUACAUCAAGAAGGUAAUUCCGCGCUGGAUGAAUCAGGAGCAGCACAGGCGGGUGCUGGCCAACAUCAAGUACCGGCAGAACCUGAACGAACUGGCAAAGUCAUGUCGGGGUGGUGGAAAAGCAACCUAG